UUAUCAUCUGUGACACUGGAAGUCAAACGUCAAAAACAGCAACAAUUUUCGCUGUGUAUCUUCCCAUGUAACGAGUUUUUGAUAAUUAUUAUUUUUCGUUUUGUUUAGUUUGUCUAGAAUUUAAUGUAAAUAUUAAUUCUUAACAUUUGCAACAUGAUUGAGGAAAAUAUAACAGUGAGCGAUAACUCGGAUCUGGAGGAUGGCGGAAAUCCAGAACUUCGCGGAUACUUGAGUAAAUGGACAAAUUACAUUCACGGUUGGCAGGACAGGUUUAUUGUUUUGAAGGAUUCUACUUUAUCGUACUACAAGAGUGAAUUGGAGAGUAAUCUUGGAUGCCGUGGUGCCUUAUGCCUGAAGAAAGCCAAAGUCAAGCCUCAUGAAUUUGAUGACUGCAGAUUCGAUGUGUCUGUAAAUGAUUGUGUCUGGUACUUGAGAGCGACUAGUCCCGAGGAAAAACAGCAGUGGAUUGAUGUUUUGGAAUCAUUCAAAGUGGACAGUAAUGUUAAUAGUAAAGACAAAAACAACAUCACAAUAAGAAUAGCAAGAGUACCAACAGAUCAAGUGGAAUCAGGAUAUGGGACCAGCUCAGACAGCAGUUCUAACGGAGGCGGCUUGCGGAGACAUGGUUCUGUUACUUCCUUGCAGUCAACUGGCUCUCAUGGCCGCACAACUCGUCGUCUCGCCGAGAAGAUUGCGGAACUGGACACGUACAACGAGCUCCUUUCGAAGCAGGCUAUCCAACUGCAACAGUACUUCGACAUGUGCGUCGCGGCUUACCCACAGAUCAACGAUGAUGCCUCUGAAGCUAUUGAUGCUGUUAAAUUGGCUGAUGGUAACGACCUAAACCUGCACGUGGGCGAGGUGCGUGCAACGAGCGCCUCAUUCCGAGCAACAUGUGGCGCCACUAUCGCCACACUGCAGCACUGCGCUGAACUGCUCCGGCGCAGGGAGAAACAAGCCCGACAGGCUGAAGAACUGUACAUGGCUUUGAAGAAUCAGCUGACAGAAGCGAGGUUGGCAUCGAAACCGGGGCCAGAUCAUGAGGAGGGUCCUCACUCCACACUGCCAGAUGACGAGUUCUACGAUGCAGUGGAGACAGGGUUCGACAAGAUGGAGGAGGAGCGGUGUGCGCGCGUGGUGCCACCUAGCGUCCACACCAGGGACCAGGUCGAGCUGCCGCCGCCGGCCAUUGACAACAGACUCACUGUACAUCCUUUGUGGCCUGAGAUCGACAGGAUAUCGACGGAACAGAUCCAAGCCGCGUUCGAAGGCGUGGGCGGUGAGAUAGGAUGGCAGUUGUUCGCUGAGGAGGGCGACAUGAGGAUGUACAGGAGGGAGAUGGAGGUGGACGGCAUGGUGACGGACCCGCUGAAGGCGAUGCACAAGGUGCGCGGCGUCACUGCGCGCGAGAUGUGCCACUACUUCUUCAACCCGCGCUACCGAUAUGAGUGGGAGACUACCCUGGAAACGAUGACGAUAGUGGAGGAGAUAGCGUCCGACUCGCUGGUGUUCCACCAGACGUUCAAGCGCAUCUGGCCGGCGUCGCAGCGGGACGCGCUGUUCUGGUCGCACGUGCGGCAGGCCAGCGAGAACACGUACGCCGUCACCAACCAUUCCACCACCAACGCUGAUUAUCCGGCGAACAACGGCGCGUGUAUCCGUCUGUUCGUGACGGUGUGCCUGGCGUGCCACACGACGUACCCGGCCGGGGAGACUCCCACCCGGGACAACAUCACCACCAGCAUCGCAUACUGCAGCACUGUAAACCCAGGCGGCUGGGCCCCGGCGGGCGUGCUCCGCGCAGUAUACAAGCGCGAGUAUCCCAAAUUCCUGAAGCGGUUCACCAGCUACGUGGUAGAGCAGUGCCGCGACAAACCCAUCGCCAUCUAGCGGCACCGGCGCGCAACACGUCGCGGGUGACCGAGCAACAACACGUACACGCACUACUACAAGUACCUUCGAAUAAUCUAUACUUCUCAGUCACACGCCUGACUCUUGCUAUCCCCUUGUCGGUACUGAGAACUAUUCAUAACGAAGUGUAGUGCUUCUAGACGUUAUAUAGGUGUUAUGUAAUGUUAAAGGUUAUAUUCAGGGUGGAGUUUACGAUUCCCGUUUCAUUAUACUCCGUUAAUUUUCUUCGCGAUCUCGGUGCCCAGUCUGGCUUUCACACGAAACUGCUGGAACAUUUUUAGUUUGAAAACAGACUCGGGCUUAGCAGUUCGAAUUGAGAUUCUUUUUUACUAUCAAUUGUCUGAGACGAGAGAGAUAACGCUAUACGUCAGCUGUGCGUUAGACAGAGAGCAAACGUCGUGUCCGCCUGUUAUACGCUAAAUAUCUAACAGUACUUGUGUGUAAAAAGAAAUUGGAUUAAACGUGCUGGAUAACAUAUAUAUUGUCGCUAAACUUGUGUAUGAUCAAAAUAUUUUUAAUUGGUGUUCAAAUAAAUGUUUGAUUUCUACGUUAUUUCUGUCUAUAUAAAGAACACUUUCGAUAAUCGACAAUAAUCCCGUGUCGAAUGUAUAGUUCUCCUUUAAAAAUGUAAAUUGUAACUUUAAUGUGUAAUUAGAACACUGUAUGAUAUAAUAUAUGUACCUACCGUGUCGUUGGGUGUUAUGGUAAUGUAAUAAAAUUUAUACAACGUAAUUCUAUAAAGUGUAUUCAAUAUAAUGAGUCUAUAAUUAUAUAAAACUGUGUUAACACUAGAAUUGGAACUUAAAACGGGAUAUUUACCAUGUUUUUCUAGUUCUCUGAGUUUUCGAUAUUUUGGCACUGUUGCAAGCGCCAUGAUCACGGAUGAAACUUGGUAAAUAACCCGUUUUAAGUUCCAAUUCUGUCAGUUUUAAAACUGUUUUAAAUUUAAAGCGAUGUUGUAAAAAGAUAUUUGUAAAGCACUUUCGACUGCUAUUAGUUGGUUCGUUUUGUUCGAUUUUAUAUUUAUAAUAACACGGUAUUGGCAAGGCUGUACACUUAACUGUAGUGGGUACUGAAGCUUUUAUUGUGAACAUAUAUGAGAGAAUAAUACUUCGACUGUAUAUUAAUAGUGUACAUGCAUUAAACAUAGGAUAUGAGGAACUGUUUUCUAAAGAAACUAAGUAACUGCCGUACUCGAGAGAUAUUUAAUGUUUACUUAAACUAUUCCUUAGUAACGAUUUUGUUACGAAAGCAAUAGGAUAGUAUACUAUGUUUUCUUAAUGUCCGUCUUAUAGGUUAUUUUAAAAUAUUAGACAGGAUUUCAUGUUUUCUUACAAAAUUAAACACUGUUGUCAGUACGUAGAUUUAAAAUAUCGUGUGACGUUAUGAUCUUCUACAUUUUAUAAGUAAAAGUAACGUAACAACCUCUCAAUCAUAAACAUAACUCCAUUUUAUCUAAAUAUUGUAACCCUAUAUGACAGACAAAAAUCGUGUCUAAAAUUUUUGAAUUAUCUAACUGACGGACUAAUUACAUUUUUAAUUUUCAUACUUUACUAUCCUAUUGUUAGGGACUGGGUUAAGUAACCAUUAUUGGCCAAUUUCAAUAACAAAUCAAAAUUGUAUCUCUAGAAAGCAAAUAUGCAGACAAAUAGGUUAUUGUAAUUGGCCGUAAAUCACAUUGAGUACGGCGGUAAGAGUGUUACUCUAGCUUGGUUUUCUAACUACCGACUGCUGAAAAACUUGUCUGUAAAAGUCUUUGUAAAUACAUACACGUUGCGUGGGUACUGUAGUUAUUAUAACUCUGUAAAACAAGGAAUCUCUAGCGAAACUUCUUUUCAAAGCGCGUGCAAGUACCUGACGUAGUGUCACGCCGAAAUGAACCUUAUGGCUGAACAAUGUUAUACUAAUUAUUGAAAAGAUUUUAUAGCAAGCAUGUUUUUGUCUACGGAAGAUUAGUACUUACCUUUUAUAGAAUGACUUGGAAUGUUUUUAAUGAAGAGGGUAAUUAUUCGGGUGGUGAUAGUUUGAUGUGUUCAGUUAGAUAGUUCGCGAAAGAAAACACGUACUUUUGCACUUUCUGGGCUGUGAACUCGGGGAAGUGAGCAGAACCAAUCAAAAAUACACCAAAACCUACAUAUUUUUAGGUACAAAGUCCUUCGAAUGUGUCUUGGUUCGGUUUCUUCGAGGUCACGGCCCCAAAUCCAUUUCAUGUACAGGGUGGAACUAAUUAAUUGUAGUUCUUAAUAUUAUAUCAACUAUGUUAUCUCGGUUUUUGACCAAAUAAAUUUCCUUUUCGCUUAAAUUUAAUGUGGCAGAAUUUUAUUUCAAUAUUUCACUAAUUAUUAUUAUUACCGGAAUUGACAUUUUUAAUUGUUAAAUGUGUAAUUAUUUGUUGUAAAUCGUAUCAUUUGUUUGGUCAAAACUUAAUUUUGCACGAAUUUUGAUAGUAUUACUCGCGUCAUACUGUCUAUUAUUUUAUUUACUUUAAUGCAGACUUCCAUUCCAGCUUUUUGUAUCGAAUAUCUGAUUUUGUAUACAUUUUAAAUUAGGUUUAAUAAAUGGUUACUUGGAUGAACUUCAAAUAUAUAAUAUUGUACAGAAUUUCACGUUUUUGUCUCAAAGUUAAUAUAUUAUUUGCUGUUAUGUGACGGUGCACUGCUAACUUUUUUGUUCGACGUAGUAAAAAAGUUACCAGUGACGUCACGUCCUUAAAAAAAAGUUAAACGUGAGCGGAAGUGUAAGGAAAUUGCAUUUAUAAUACCGCAAUGUUGCAAUUGUAUUAAGUUAUAUGAAAUAUGUUUUUUUUAAUAAUUAUUGUUUAUAAUAAAAUGUUUUAUGGACA